AUGGUUUUGGAGGCAAGGGACAAACUAGAACAACAGAUAUGGUGGGAAACUAAAAUUGGAACUUCCAAUGUUUGGUUUGAUAAUUGGACCAAAUUGGGAGCCUUGUACUAUGUGCUACCUUCUCAUUUCAACAUUGAUGAAAGAGUGGAAGAUGUUAAAGAGCUUCUUGAUAGAAAUGGUUGGGAUUCUAACAAGUUGCAUCAGUUGCUACAAAAGGAUAUAGUCAAUCAUAUUCAGGAAGAGUUGGUGUUAAAGGAAAUUUCUAGUGCUUGGAAUCUAUUGAUACAAAAAGAAACUGCUUCUGAGAUUUACAAACAGAUGUGGAUUAAAGGAGUGCCUUUCAAGACAUCUUUCUUCUUAUGGAGACUGUGGAAGUUCAAAAUCCCUGUUGAUGAAGUAUUAGCUAUCAUUGGCAUUAAUGUGGUUUCUAGGUGUUGUUGUUGUAGAAAUUCUCAGCAGGAAACCAUAGAUCAUUUAUUCUUGAAUGGUGAGGUGAAACAAGCAGUGCAGAUUUGGUGGAAUGCUCAUUAUCACUACAAACUGAAAGCUAUUUUCAAAGCAGCGCCAUCAAUGAUCAUAUGGAAAAUCUGGAAAUGGAGAAACACGAAGUUGCAUGGGGGUUCAAUGUCUACUCACAAAGUGAUACAUGAGAUUCAUCAGAAUAUUUUCUUACUAUGUAGAGUGAGAUAUCGAUCUUUGCAGAACAUUCCACACAAGUGGCAUGAUAUAAUAGACUACUUUGAGAAGUUUAGGCCAGUUCUCAAAUGCAUUACUGUGAAAUGGGAGUUGCCUGCAAAAGGUUGGUUUAAGUGCAAUAGUGAUGGUGCAUCAAGAGAGAAUCCAGGCCCUAAUGUUAUGGCCUUUUGUGUUAGAAAUGAUCAUGGGGAUCUUGUCUAUGCAGCAGGACAACAGAUUGCAUAUGGGAAUAACUUAAUUGCAGAAGUUAUAGCCAUCAGACAAGGGAUUGAAUACUAUAUUGCCCAUCAACUAUAUCCUUUGUUGGUGAAAACUAAUUCUUUAGCUAUGAAAAUGUUUCUCAGAGGAGUAUGGGAAGUGCCAUGGUGCAUUAGUACACAACAGUUUAAUUCUUUUCAGGAGUUACCAUCUAUGGCUAGAAGAUUAUUAAAUAUUGUCAAGGCUAAGAUAUCAAAUCUGAAAAUCAGAUACACUUUAGAUAUAAUGCAGCAGUUGAGAUAA